AUCAAACUGAAUUGAUCAUACUCCAAAAAAAAACAACCAACAUUCUCCUUAUCGAUAAUCAUAUAGUAUCUUACUGCAUUACGACUUCAGCUGAAGAGCUUUCCUCAUGAGUGCCACCGUUGUACUUGGGGCUCAAUGGGGUGACGAGGGCAAGGGGAAGCUUGUAGAUAUUCUUUCCGCUGACAUUGACGUCUGUGCUCGGUGCGCUGGGGGCAACAAUGCUGGACAUACUAUCGUCGUGCCUGUCGGUUCAGAGAAUGUAAAGAAGACAUUCGCGUUUCAUCUGCUUCCCAGCGGCCUCGUCAAUCCCAAAUGCACAGGUCUCAUUGGAUCAGGAGUAGUUGUUCAUCUUCCUUCGUUUUUCGAGGAAUUGGAUGCGCUACAAUCUCAAGGACUCGACUGUUCCAACCGACUUUUCGUCUCCGAUAGGGCACAGUUGGUCUUUGACUUUCAUCAGAUAGUUGAUGGUCUGAAGGAAGUCGAGCUCGGCGGCUCCAGCAUCGGUACCACUAAGAAAGGAAUCGGCCCAGCUUAUUCUGGGAAAGCUUCUCGAUCUGGUCUUCGCGUUCAUCACCUAUUCGAUCAUGAAACAUUUGCGCAGAGAUUCCGCAAGCUCGUGGAAGGCCGCUUCAAACGCUACGGUACCUUUGAGUAUGACACCGAGGGAGAAAUUGAGCGCUACAAGGUUCUAGCCGAAAGGUUACGCCCGUUCGUAAUUGACAGUGUGGUAUAUAUACACCAAGCCCUUUCUAGCGGAAAGAAGAUUCUUGUUGAAGGCGCAAACGCCCUUAUGCUUGACAUUGAUUAUGGAACCUACCCUUUCGUUACUUCGUCAUCUACCGGUAUUGGGGGUGUCUGUACAGGUCUUGGUAUACCUCCAAAAUUGAUUGGACACACUAUCGGAGUCAUCAAGGCGUACACAACUCGCGUUGGUGGUGGGCCCUUUCCUACAGAGCAGCUUAAUGACACUGGUGUACAUCUGCAAGAGGUCGGGCAUGAAUAUGGUACUACCACAGGUCGCAGGAGGCGGUGUGGAUGGCUAGAUCUAGUUGUCAUGAAACAUUCCAACCUCAUAAACGGUUACGACUCACUCAACCUUACGAAACUCGAUGUGCUUGAUGAUUUGGAGGAAAUUCGUAUCGGCAUAAAAUAUGUGGUUGAAGGGAAAGAGCUACCUGGUUUCCCAGCCAACCUUGAGAUUCUCGACAAAGUACAAGUCCAGUACGUUACGUUUCCAGGGUGGAAGUCAUCCAUCGCAUCCAUCACAAGUUAUGAAGACUUGCCUCAAAGCUGCAAAGAAUACGUGGAGUACAUCGAGAGAUUCCUCAAGGUGCCUGUGCGAUGGAUUGGAGUUGGUCCGGAGAGGGAAAGUAUGAUCACGAAAUAGACUGAAUUGGUAAAUUAACUUGUAUUCUAUUCGUCGCCAGCGUGAACCGGUACGAUCAUUUCAUCAUUCUACUUAUGCCCAUAACGUCAGGUGAAUUGUUGAACGCCGGUGUAUCAGCAGCAGGUAUCAACACUUGGUCCUCGGUACUGAACCUAACCUCACCCAGUGCAAACUUUUGCUUUCCCAGCGACUGUGUCAUAGAUCUGUUGGAAAUGUAGUACCUGGGCUAGUCUCACAACACAAGCCUGAUCGCUUUUGAAUUUGUUUCUGAGCAUGCCUAUUUCGCCUCACAAGUUACUACUGUCGGUAACUGUAACCAAUUGUUCCAGAUGCGUAUCAAACCAUCUAAGGAACACUGGGUAUUUAUCUAUCUAUCUAUCUGA